ACCUAGACUAAUAGGCAAGAGAAGAACCCAAUUUCCAGAAGACUUGAUCUAGCUUUGAUGAAUGAGGUAUGGCUUGAUUUAUUCCUAGAAUGUGGUCUAGAAAUUCUCAUGAUGCUUUCUCGUAUCAUUGUGAAGUCCUUGUCUCUACAAAGCCAGCACAUGCCCCUCCCAAAAUCGUUUAAGUACUUGGAAUUUUUAAUACCAUCCAAUUUUUUUCUUAUAUUGUUCAUUGUAGGUGGAUUAGUAAUAACACCUAAAUUGGUAUUAUUUACCCUUCAUAUUAAGGUUUAUUUCGUGCCAAUUCAUAUGCAUAAUUGCUUGAACAUUGUCAAUUGCAUCCCUAUUUCGUUCCUAUUUGAAUUUGAUGUGAUUUUAGGGUGCUUUAGACGAUACAUGCGAAUUAGGUACAAAACAAGGUCACAAGUGUAGCAAGGGGGAAGAAGACUGAAGAUAGUGGCCUAGAAGUGAAGAUCACGGCUGAAAUCAUGGACCGCAAAGUCAAGUUGAAGAUCGAGGCAUGGAAGCCCAAGAUCGAUGCCGCGAAUUCGAGGGCUCAGGGUGCGAACUUCAUGAAGAAGGAGCCAUGGAGAAACAGAGAGUUUCCUCGGUUGGUUCACGGUCACAAUGUAAAUUGACCGUGAGGAAGAUCGCGGCCGCGACUUAUGAAUCACAACCGCGAAGUCAGCCCGCAAACUGCUCGUUCCCGAAGGCCGAAACGGCAGCGUCGCAAGAUCUCGGCCUCGCCAUUGAAGAUCCCGCCCGUGAUCUUUACCCUGUCUGGCUGCGAACUUCUCCGCCCUCUGAUGCCUCUAAAUAAAAGACCCCAUCCCUUUCAUUUGGAGAGUGGAUUUUGAGAUAAAGCUUCUGAUUUUAGAGAGAGAGAAGAGAGAGAAGCUAAAGGAAGAAGAGAAGAAGAAGAAGGAGGUAGAAGAGAGGAGGCAUCUUCCUCAACUUUAAGACUUUUUCAAUCUCUUCUAUGUAUCUUAUUCCCUCCUUUAUGGAGUAGUCCUCUAAGGUACUAGGGGUUCUAAACCCCAAACCCUAGUUUUAGGAUUUACUAUGUAUGUAUGAAUAUUUUAGGGUUUGAAUGAAUGAAUGUGUUUAUC